CAGUAAUUCUUGCUUUGCUUGAGGAAAGAUUAAAUAAAGAUCGAUUCGUCCACCCGGGGAAACUGAAACGAGAAAAGUUUUCCUUUGUAAAAAAAAUCCAUCGUCUUCGGAGUUUCAUGAAAGAACACUUUUUUUACGUUCUUUCACAAUGUCACAUCAGUCUGAAAUCCUUAACGACUCUGAAAACAGUUAUUUGUGUGAACAUUGUUCAGAAUCGUUUUCUUACGCCUGUCAUUUAAAAAUGCAUCUGACAAUCCAUACUGGCGAAAAAGAGUAUAAUUGUGAACAUUGCUCUAACUCAUUUCACAGUGCUUCCGAUUUAAAGAAACACCUGAGAACCCAUACUGGAGAGAAACCUUAUUCCUGCGAGCAUUGUUCAAGGGUAUUUUCCUACACUUCCGAUUUAAAGAAACAUCUGAGAGUACAUACUGGAGAGAAACCGUAUUCCUGUAAAUAUUGCUCAAAGGCAUUUUCUUGUGCUUCAUACUUAUCGAGUCAUCGGAGAAUCCAUACUGGCGAGAAACCAUAUUCCUGUGUACAGUGCUCAAAAGCAUUUUCCUUCGCUUCCGAUUUAAAGAAACAUCUAAGAGUACAUACUGGAGAGAAACCGUAUUCCUGUAAAUAUUGCUCAAAGGCAUUUUCUAGUUCUUCACACUUAUCGAGUCAUCUGAGAACCCAUACUGGCGAGAAACCAUAUUCCUGUGUACAGUGCUCAAAAGCAUAUUCCUACGCUUCCGAUUUAAAGAAACAUCUGAGAGUACAUACUGGAGAGAAACCGUAUUCCUGUGAAUAUUGCUCAAAGGCAUUUUCUAGUGCUUCAUACUUAUCGAGUCAUCGGAGAAUCCAUACUGGCGAGAAACCAUAUUCCUGUGUACAGUGCUCAAAGGCAUUUUCUGAUGUUUCAAACUUUUCGAAUCAUCUGAGAACCCAUACUGGAGAGAAGCCGUAUUCCUGUGUACUGUGCUCAAAAGCAUUUACUCAUACUUCCACUUUAAAGAAACAUCUGAGAUUACAUACUGGAGAGAAACCAUAUUCCUGUGAACAUUGCUUAAAGACAUUUUCUGAUACUUCACUCUUAUCGAGUCAUUUGAGAACCCAUACUGGCGAGAAACCGUAUUCCUGUGUAGAGUGCUCAAAAGCAUUUUGCCGUGCUUCCGAUUUAAAGAAACAUCUGAGAUUACAUACAGGAGAGAAACCGUCCCAGCCAAAAAUCGACUGCAGUUCAACUGCAAAAAAUUUGGUGGUAUUUGGAACCGAAGUCCACACUGGCGAGAGACCAUAUUCUUGCGAACUUUGUUCAAAGACAUUUUCUGACUCUUUAUGCUUAAAGCGACACAAGGUCAUUCAUACCGGCGAGAAACCCCAUGUGUGCGAACAUUGCUCUAAGGCAUUCGCUCUCUCUUCAACUUUAGUCUCACACAUGAGAAGCCAUACUGGCGAAAAACCAUAUUCGUGCGAACAUUGCUCAAAGACUUUUACUUUCCUUUCACAACUAAAGGCACAUGCAAGAGUCCACACUGGCGAAAAACCAUAUUCUUGCGAACUUUGUUCAAAGACAUUUUCUUACUCUUCAUGCUUAAAGCGACACAAGGUCAUUCAUACCGGCGAGAAACCCCAUGUGUGCGAACAUUGCUCUAAGGCAUUCUCUCUCUCUUCAACUUUAAUCUCACAAAUGAGAAGCCACACUGGCGAAAAACCAUAUCCGUGCGAACAUUGCUCAAAGACUUUUACUUUCCUUUCAGAACUAAAGGCACAUGCAAGAGUCCACACUGGCGAAAAACCAUAUUCUUGCGAACUUUGUUCAAAGACAUUUUCUUACUCUUCAUGCUUAAUGCGACACAAGGUCAUUCAUACCGGCGAGAAACCCUAUGUGUGCGAACAUUGCUCUAAGGCAUUCGCUCUCUCUUCAACUUUAACUUCUCACAUGAGAAGCCACACUGGCGAAAAACCAUAUCCGUGCGAACAUUGCUCAAAGACUUUUUCUUUCCUUUCACAACUAAAGGUACAUUCAAGAGUCCACACUGGCGAAAGACCAUAUUCUUGCGAACUUUGUUCAAAGAUAUUUUCUGACUAUACUUGCUUAAAGCGACAUAAGGUAAUUCAUACCGGCGAGAAACCCCAUGUGUGCGAACAUUGCUCUAAGGCAUUCGCUCACUCUUCAACUUUAUCUUCACACAUGAGAGUCCACACUGGCGCGAAACCAUAUUCGUGCGAACAUUGUUCAAAGACAUUUUCUAGUAGUACCCAGCUUAAGAUACAUAAAAGAGACCACACUGGCGAGAAACCGACGUGCGAAAAGUGUUCGAAGACGCUUUCUGACUUUAGACACUUGCGGCGACACAUGUUAGUUCACACUGGCGAGAAGGCCCAUGCUUGCGUACACUGUCCUAAGACAUUUGCCCACUCUACAAGUUUAGUGAGGCACAUGAGAACCCACACUAACGAAAAACCGUUUUCGUGCGAACACUGCUCAAAAGCAUUCACCCAAUCUGUGAAUUUGCAGCAACAUGUGCGAACCCAUACCGGGGAAAAACCGUACUCUUGUGAAUGUUGCUCAAAGGCAUUUUCUUGGCCUGCGCAGUUGAAAAGACACAUGCUAACCCAUACCGGUGAAAAGCCUUAUGCGUGCGACCAUUGUUCAAAAACAUUUUCUGGCAGUUCUGGCUUGAAGAAACAUUUUAGGGUUCAUACCAUAGACUAA